AUGAACAUCGUCUAUGGGAUUCUACUGCUCCUGUCUGUAACCCUAAGUGAGCUGGAGCUGAUCGUUGCGGAGAAUGAGGGUCACUUUGAGAACUCUUGGGCAGCUGAGAUCAUUGGAGGGGUAGACGUGGCCAGGGAGGUAGCAGAGCAGCAUGGAUACAGGCUCGUCAGAUCG